AUUCCUACUGCAGCUGAAUUCGACCUGAAUUUCAUCAUGGACGACGACCUAUGUGCAAAGUGUGAAGAAAAGCCGGGCGAUGUCCGCUGCUCCUGCGGUGAGCGAUUCUGCGAAUACUGCUUUUCUAAGAAACACCUACCGCGCAACCAAACCCACAAACGCGGUGGUUCGAAGAAAACCGAAACUAAAUGGAAUAAGAUCAAGGGAGUGGUUUCUAACAUCGCGAGUUCGUUUUCUCCUGCUUCGCACUUCCAGAGAGAUGAGACCACUAAAUGGUUCGGCCUCCAUAUCUCGUCACCGCCUGGACGCAAGGAUCGUAUUGCGACGUUGGUUGAGACCACACGAUUCUCGAGCCUUUUGGAGGAGUCGCUUCAUUUUCAUAAGCGCAGCCCUAAACGACAAUAUCCCAGUAUUUGCUCGUUUGUUGGGGAUACUGGGGCAGGAAAGUCGACUCUGAUCCGAAGUUUGAUCUUUGACUCCGAGCAGGCAUUGGAUUUCGAUCCCCUUGACGCCCCAGUUCCUGGAGCUCAAACUGGAUCUUCUGCCAUUAGAUCGACUACUGGAGAAGUCAAUCUUUACCUUGACCCCUCGACCUUUGGCACUGUCGCGCCAAUGUUCUAUGCAGACUGCGAAGGCCUUCUGGGGACUGAACCUCUUGCGGCAGAGCACCAGACUGAGUGGGCAAGGUACGGACAGCGCUACCUCAUUGAAUCCAAGGACGGUAAGCCAGUGGAUCGACGAACGGCCGUCAAGACAAUUUAUCCUCGCUUUCUGUACAUCUUCAGCGAUGUGAUCUGCUAUGUCACCAGAAACCACAGAGCGUGGGCGGAGUCAGCCUUGCGGCUUUUGGACUGGAGCAAAGUUGGUGUGCAGAACACCAUCAAUCAGCAUGCACUACCUGCCUUGAUCAUCGUUCUUAACGGGCCUAUUUUGGAGAAUGAGGAAUGGCUUGGUGAUGACCAUGAAAUUGUCACGGAUGCUUUCUUCCAGGCCAUUGAGAAGGAAAUAAGCGAGACAACUGAGUUUCGUGAACUUGCUCAAAAGCAUGGAGACAAGACAAUGAGGCAGCUGUUUUCAAGGAGCUUCUCUAGUGUCUACGUUCACUACAUCCCACUUGAAGGCUUCGGAUCCCUCGGAACUAGUCUAGAAAUUAUCAAUCAGACCAACCGCUUGGCAAAGCGAGUCAGGAGAGAUGCAGAGCGCGUCCAAGCCCAGAGAGCCGAAUCUUGGACCCGUUUCGACACGACGCAGAUGUCCCAGGUGGUGCAUUACGCAUUCGCCCAUCUCGCAUCAGGAAGCCCAGAACCAUUCGAUUUCGGCCAGUGCCGACGACAAAUAUCGGUUCCAGAUACAACCGAGGGUCACUUUUCUGAGUUUCUUGGAUUGUCGCUGAAGAAUAAGAUGGAGGCGCGGUUCGAUGACACGGCUGCUGUCAUCGCGACGAGCUUGUUGAGGAACUCCUUGAGUGCGAACAAAGAUGAUAUCGUCCUACUUCCAUCAGUCGUCUUUGACAAGGACACCCAAGCAAUCUGCACCAGAGCCAUCAGCCAAUUUUUGGAUAGCAAAUCGCCAUGCGCAUACAUUGACCCCGAUUCUGGCGAGAAAUGCGUAAACACAAAGUCCGGCCACCGAAUAGGCCACCAGAGUGCGUCAGGCGAUCUUUUGCGCGAUGGCAACUUUGUAGUCGGCGACUUUAAUUCUGCCAAGUUUCUGCUUGCGGUCGAGUCAGCACUUCACACCACCAUGCGAGCGAUCAACUCAAGCGGACCUUCAAAUCACUGCGACUGGCGACGCCUUGCGGCCGUUCAUCACCGUCAGAACAUCGACGCCCUAAGACGGCUUGGUGGCUAUCCGGCAUCGCAUGAUGGAAAUCGUCGAUUUCCUUUUGGCAACAACGCCGAGAAAAGCCCAUUAGCACUUGCAAAGUCGUUUUUAUCUCUUUAUACGGGUACCUGGCUUCUUGGGGCCGAACCAAACACAAAGUUUUGUCUCGGUUGUCUGUUUGGAAGACCGGAGUAUCGUCUCCCAUGUGGACAUGUCAUCUGCGAAACAUGCGUGGAUGAUUUCGAUGGCACCGCUGUGGAUAAGCGAUAUCCGGGGCGUUUCAUGCAUCAACGCUGCAUAAUUUGCGAUAGUUCAUCAUCUGACAAGUGGCCGUUCGUCACUACCAUCAGACCGCCACUUUGUGGCCUUCGGGUACUGUCGCUUGAUGGAGGAGGCGUCCGGGGCAUCGUUGAAUUGACGGUCCUGAACCGCUUGGAGAAAGAGAUCGGACUUGGUAUUCCGAUUGGGAGUUUCUUCGAUCUCAUUGUUGGUACAAGUACAGGUGGCAUCAUCGCACUCGGUAUAGGUGUACAGAGAAGAAGUGCUGUCGAGUGCACAAGUCUGUUCCGAGACAUCUGCAGCGAAGGCUUUGAGGCCAAACUCCUCACCAAGUCUCGGUUCUUUGGUUGGGCCGCCCGAUGGUUCAACAGUUCGAUAUACAAGACGGAUGUUUUAGAGACUGCACUUCAGAACGCAUUCGGGGGCAAAGAUCCAAAGUCACUCUAUGGAUUGAACAGCUCUUGCAGAGUGGCGGUCACGACAACAGCUAAAGAAGACUGUCACCUGAUCGCCAAUUACCACACAGGCGGUAAAGAUCGGUACCUGGACUCGACACUUCCGCUCUGGAAGGCUGCUCGCUGUACGUCGGCUGCUCCUAUGUACUUCGAACAUAUCUCCCACGCCGGACAUGAAUGUCGCGACGGCGGUCUGAAAGAGAACAAUCCAAUCCAAGUAACGCUGAACGAGUCGCGAAAGAUAUGGGAAGACCCUACUUACGACGUGAUCCUAUCUGUUGGAUCAGGACAAGCUAGGUAUCCAGCAGCUGAACCAGUUUCAACAGCCAUCAUACCCAAGUGGCUUGCCCAUCUCUUCUCAACACUUGUCAGCACCAUGAACGGUGAGGAUGCAUGGGACAAGUUUCGUUCGAGCCAGGACAAGCGUAUAAUAGAUCGUUCAUUGCGAUUGAACUUGAGGUUUGACGGGAGCACUGAGCCGGCGCUUGACGAUGUAAAUGCUAUUACGAGCAUGGAAACGGCCGCGAAGAAGGCAACAUUCUAUGAAAGGCCUUCUAUCUCACCCUUCUCAGCAACCUCUGGCAUUGUCCAAGUGGACGCACUUCAAUGCAUGGCUGACAAACUGCGAGCAAGCCUCUAUUUCUUCGAACUCGGAAGCAUCACGAAACACGGUACUGUCACAGUAAUUCACGGUUGGAUCUGCUGCCGUUUGAUGCCGAAUGAUCAAGGCUUCAAAGAACUCCUAUCUCGCACCUUAAAAUUUCUUGUUAGAGGAAAAGUGUACGAGUUCAAGCGGGUUUCGGUUGAUAAACCAUUUCGAUUUGCUGUUGAGUUUCAACAUCAGCAUCUCGAUGAGCCGAUUCGCGUCGAUGUGAACUUUGGGGCUACGCAUUCAACAACUAUUAGCGGCUUCCCAAUGACUUUGAAGACGCUAUUCGCGCAUGCAGAACGUCAGCCGACUUCUUCAGCGCCAGUGCCAUUGGCCGAGAUGGCAAACAAUACAAGCAACUCUAAUAUUACUGCUGGAGCAAAAACAGCCAAUAAACCGGACACAACGAGAGCCGUACCAUCUCCACAGACAGUUGCAGUAAAUCAGCCCAAACCGACAGAAGCCAAUCCUAAUACCGUGGAGAAUUUGGUUUCAGCUGCAAAGAAGAAUGAUUCAGUGAAAGUGUUGGAGCUACUUGAUCAAAAGGUUCCCAUUGAUGGCAAACAUGGCGGCUGGACUGCCCUUGGAUACGCAGCGCACGAAGGACAAUUGGAUACCGUCCGGGUCCUCCUCCUUCGCGGUGCUGAUAUGGACAUACGUAUGGAUGUUGGCUUCGGUGUUCUUCCUGGUGAUGGUAGUGCUAUCAACUGGGCAGCAUGCGGCGGCUACCUCGACGUCGUCAAGAUACUCUUGAAAAAAGGGGCCAAGUCGAAUAUCUGUGCGAAGAGACCAGUGUUCCUUGGCACUGGAGGGACACCGAUUACUAUGGCGGCAGGGAAAGGUCACCUCGAAGUCGUUCGGUAUCUCCUUCAGAAUGGCUGUGAUGAUGAUUCCGUAGAUGGUAUUCCCGGUUGGGAUGCUUUCAUUGUCGCAUGCGAAAGAGGACAACUCAACAUCAUUAAAUACCUUGUCGACGAAAAGGAACUCAAUGUUGACAGAAAUGGCAGCAAUGGCGUCACGCCUCUGAUCACAGCAGCCCAGAGUCAGCAGACCGCUGUCAUGGAAUACUUGGUCAAUCGCGGGGCUCUCAUAGACGCGGUUGACAAUGAUGGAAGCACGGCGUUACUUCACGCUGUGGUGAAGAAAAGGGUCGGUGCAGUAGAGUGGCUGGUGAAGCGCGGUGCGGACUCAAGGAAGAAGAAUAAGAAAGGAGUCUCACCUUUGAACCUGGCAAGGGAGGAGUUGCAGAAAAAUGCCAAUGAUAAGAAUGCGGCAACUAUAGUCAAGUGGCUUGAGGUGUCCAUGAAUGUUGCCUUCCAGAUAAAGGCUUAGAAGGCGGGCGGAAUCAAUCUCGGUCCUGUUGAGCAACACAUCUGUACCAAAGCUGUGAUGGAGUUGAUAUACGGAUACACACACGAUGGAAUUAUGGUAGCAUUCUAGGAUAUUGAAACACUUUCACGCA